AUGCGCCCGCUGCGAGCGCCCACGGGCAGGCCUCGGGGCUACGGGGUGCGGAGCACCGGGCUCCUGUUGCUCGCCUACCUGGCUUACCUGGCGCUGGGCACGGGGGUGUUCUGGGCGCUGGAGGGCCGGUCCGCUCGGCGUGCCAGCCGCAGCCUUCAGCGCGACAAGUGGGAACUGCUGCAGAACUUCACGUGUCUGGACGGCCCUGCGCUGGACCUGCUGAUCCGGGACAUCAUCCAAGCGUACAAAGACGGGGCCCACCUCCUGGGCAACACCACCAGCAUGGGGCGCUGGGAGUUCGUUGGCUCCUUCUUCUUUUCCGUGUCUACCAUCACCACCAUCGGUUAUGGCAACCUGAGCCCGCAAACCAUGGCAGCCCGUCUCUUCUGCAUCUUCUUUGCUCUCGUGGGGAUCCCUCUGAACCUCGUGGUACUCAACCGGCUGGGCCACCUCAUGCAGCGUGGGGUACACGGCUGCGCCCACAGGCUGGGGGGCAGCCGGCAGGACCCGGCGCGGGCGCGAUGGCUGGCGGGCUCCGUGGCGCUGGCCGCGGGUCUCCUGCUCUUCCUGCUGCUGCCCCCGCUGCUCUUCUCGCACGUCGAGGGCUGGAGUUACGUGGAGAGUUUUUACUUCGCCUUCAUCACCCUCAGCACCGUGGGCUUCGGCGACUACGUGAUCGGCAUGGACCCCUCGCGGAAUUACCCACUGUGGUACAAGAACGUCGUGUCCCUGUGGAUCCUCUUUGGGAUGGCGUGGCUGGCCCUGAUCAUCAAACUGAUCCUGUCGCUGCUGGAGACUCCGGGGGAUCUGGGUGCAAAGCACACACCGUGGCUGGAGCCCCAACAGCCGUGUGGUGCCCUGAGAUCGGGACCGUGGUAGAUACUGGUGCCUCAGGAAUGCAAAAGACCCGGGCUUCCCAUGAGCACAGAGCUGCUAUA